AUGUCCGACGACGGCCCCGACUCCGAACCCACCUUCGCCUGCUCGAUGUGCCCCAAGCGCUACAAGCGGAGGAGCUGCGAGGUAGUCGGCGGUGCCCGGCCUUCCCAGAGCAGACGUCGCGCGUGUGAUUUUUGCAUGAAGCAGAAGAAAGCAUGCACCGAGGGUCAACCCUGUGAGAAUUGCCGUCGCAAAUCUGUGAGGUGCACCUUCACCCGUCGAGGAGAUAGUACCAUUGAUGAGAGUCGGGAUAAGGAAUCGAAGCCUGACUUUGAAGUUAGUGGUGGCACUUCAAUCAGUAUUAGUGAUGGCCCGAGUAUCAGUCAACCAGCCGACCCUUUGAUAUUCCCGCCGUUCUCAAUAUACGAAAACCCCUCAUAUUGUGUCACUGGUGCCUACACCUUGGUCUCAGAUGUCUUUGGCACGGAAACCACCAACGAUAGCCACUGGGCAAACGUCCUCGAUGUCGCGACCGAGAGCUUGGAGGAUACGACCAUCCCUAAGCCUAACAGAUACUCAUUCGACUUUUUAUACAACUUUACAAGCCGAACUGGCCUUUUGGUCUCGUUUGACUGUGCCACAGAAAAUCUUCGUAUUCAGGUGCUUUCAGCUAUCCUCCAGGCUCAGACUGCUGCCGACCCUCUGGUUGAGGCCGCAGAUCCAGUCGACCUUGCCACAACGCCGGAAGCAUUCACUCAAACCCCAGUUCUCCAAGAUCCCCUGGUCCUCAAAACAUAUGAAAUUCUUCUCGGCGUCAAGGAGGUGACGCGGUCCAACGCAGAGACAGCUCCGUGGAUACCGAGUUCCAACAGAAGCAAGGUCCAGGCCCUCCAAGCCGCUUAUAUUGUCUGUGUUUACCAGAACUGGGAGGGCACUGAUUCCAGCAAGCGACGAGUUCGACGUUACCGCUUCUCCAUGGUAGUGUCGGUGGCCCGUGAUAUCGGGAUGGCGUCCGCGAGGCACCUCGACUAUGAUCCCCUCAACAUGUACAACUUUGACUGGGAGGGUUACAUCGCUAGAGAGGAACUGAUCCGGACAUUCUUGUGGAUAUUCCUCUUUGACUACGCCUUUGUCAUUUUUAACAACCUACCCCCUCGACUGGUCAUCAAAGAAAUGCUGAUGCACAUGGCCUGGCCCGAAGCCUGCUUCCAAGCCCAAACCGCUGAUGAAUGUGCUCGGGAGAUACAACAGUGGCUCCAGCGCUCCGCCUUGACGAAGAGCCUCACUGUCCGAGGCGCAGUGGAGAUGUUCUGCAAGAACACCAUGGUUCCAGAGAUGUACAUACAUCUUGCGGAUCUCGGACCCUUGAAUCUGUUUGCAAUUCUGCUCGCAUUCCAUUCGUUGCUAUUUCUCCAGCAGAAUUCAUUCGUAACGGAGGAUUGUCGAAUCGUCCGUCUCGCCCUCUCCAAUUGGCAUCUGGUUUGGGAGACAUACACCGACCAGCUCUCUACAUCGCCGCCCCAUGCGAUGGUCCUGCCGAAGGACUUCAUACCCGGCGAAAACAUGUGGAAGAGAGUUGGGUUUAUGCGCUUCGCCCCAGAGUUCUGGCUGCUCACCAACGUCGUCGUCGAUCGCAUUAUUGCAGCGAACAAGCUCCCCCCUUCAUCCGACCACGCAGUGGCUGAUGGGAGCACAGAAUCGACCGACCCUAUUUUGAGAAAGUACGAUCAGACUAGUAUGCGGCAGGUCAAUGACCUUAUUACAGAGUUCCAAAAGGUGCAGAUUAAUUAG